CAGGAGGUGGUUCUCACGAGCCACUACUUGGGCCUGGUGAUGGAGUAUGCUCCAGGGGGCUCCCUCACGCAGUACGUCACCCGGCGUGGUGUGGGUCUUCUCAUGUCGGAGGACGAGGCAGGGUUUUUCUUCAAACAGAUCGUACAUGCCGUAGACUACUGCCACCGACACCGUGUCGUACACCGGGAUUUGAAACUUGACAACACACUGCUAUCCGCCCACAAUCCUCCGUUUGUCAAGAUUUGCGAUUUCGGGUUCGCCCGGGGCUGGGGCGGCGAGAACGCGCACUUCAAUACCAUCAUCGGCACGCCGGACUACAUGCCGCCGCAGCUCACAGCCGCCAAAGUACACCGUGUAGAAACCAUGUACGACGGUACGAAAGCUGACGUUUGGAGCAUGGGUGUACUGCUGGCGGUUAUGUUGUUGGGUAAAUUUCCGUUUGAUGAUGCGGUCAACGCAGCGGGAGCCAACGACCCAAUGCGCACGGUGUAUUUGCAGCAGCACAUGCAUGCCAGGUGGCGCGACAACCCCGCGCUCCGAGACCAUGUGCCGCUGCUGAGUACGGAAGCUUUGGAUUUGUUGGAUCGAUGCUUUGAGAAGGAUGAGGACAAACGGUGA